AUCCUCACCAUCUGCAAAACAACUCUGACGGACACAAAUUCAUCCCUACUUUGUGUAAUGAGGAUAGAAGUGGGGUCCAUCAAAGUGGCUGCUUACUAUUUUGAUUAUUAUUACUAAAGUAAAUGGCAAAGAUUAACAUAAAUUAAUAUUAAAUAAAUAAAUAAUGACUCUUAUAAUAAAUAGAAAAAAUUGAAAAGUACAAUUAACCUGGCGGGCCUGUCAAAAGUAUUCGGGUAAACCGUGGCGUGGCGCCCGAUUCCAUGAUCUCUCUGUAGUGUUGAUAGAAAUUCCAAGUGCUGCAGUGAUGUGUUUAGUGAAGAAGUGUGAUAUCUAAUCGCGCAUCAAUUUCAGAGUGAUAAACUUUAUUUUUAUUAACGAUAAAUUCCCUUACAGAUGUUAAAUAACCUAAUAAACGCUGCUAAGUUUUGAAAUAAGAUUACAAAUCACCAUAAAACUAACAGAGGUAAUAAAUACAAGUACCAAAUGUGCAGUGGAGACUUGAGAGGUCCGAUCAGCUGAUCGACAGGCAAGUCGUACUCGUGUGCGUUUAGAUCCUCUAUGCUCAGUUUGUACCUUGAAGAAAGAAACUCAGGGGAUUUUAGAGUGGGCGUCAUAUGUCUAUCUUGUGUCUGUAAAAUUUUUUCAGAAAAAAGAAAUUUAUAAAACACUACGUCAUAUAUUAAUAAGCAUUGAAUAUACUUUUUGUUAUUAUUAUUACCAUCAGUGGAAAAAAAUAAUAGCUCAUGGGAAGACAAAAAUAUAAUUAAGCUGACACAUUUGUGAGCAACAAAGGCUGUGAACAAAAUUAACAGGACGAAUUAUCAUGGCUCGUCCUUCGAUUCGUAGUCCACUACCGUGCAUUUUAACACGUCAAAUUGAUGAUCGUAUUAAUUAUUGUAAACGCCUUGUUGAUGCGAGGCUUAAUAAUUCUGAAAAUUUAUACCGGAAAGAUCUCAUCUCACAUUAUGGAUGUGUCAAUGCAAUUGAAUUUUCAAAAGAGGGACAUCUUCUCGUCUCAGGUGGAGAUGAUAGAAGAGUUCUCUUAUGGAAAGUGGAUCAAGCUCUUCAAGGUGUUGGCAAACCUAUGGCUAUGAGAGCACAACAUGGUAGUAAUAUAUUUUGCCUCGGAUAUGAUAGCAGCAAUACUAAAAUUUUCUCUGCUGGAAAUGAUGAUCAAGUGAUCGUUCACGAUCUCAGAACUGGAGAUCCCUUGGAAUAUUUUCUUCACGAAAAGCCAGUCUACGGGCUAUCAGUUCACCCCGAAGAUGACAAUAUAUUUUCCAGUGCCUGUGAUGAUGGAAGAAUUCUAAUAUUUGAUAUCCGGAAUUCAAGCAAUACUGAACCAUUGUGUCUGGCUCAAUACAAGACUCCCUUUCAUUCAGUAAUGUUUAACCCCGUUGAGCCUCGACAGCUUGCUACUGCAAACGCUGAAGAAGGUGUAAGCACGUGGGAUAUUAGGAAACCAUUAGAGCCUGUUUUACGUUAUGGACUCGAGGGUCCAACUCAGAGUUGCAUGAAUGUUCGUUUUAAUUCAGCAGGAACUCGAUUAUUAGCAUUAAAACGCAGAUUACCACCUGUUUUAUAUGCUGUUGAUUCUCCAAAACUCUUGUGCCACUUUGAUCAGCCUGGUUAUUAUAAUAGCUGCACUAUGAAGUCUUCUUGUUUUGCUGGAGAUGAUGAAUCAUAUGUUCUCUCUGGAUCUGACGACUUCAGUCUCUAUAUGUGGAAGAUUCCAAACGAAGACGUAAACUGGGUAGAAUCCGCGCAUAUGAUUUUGCGGGGUCAUAGAUCAAUUGUAAAUCACGUUAGAUACAAUCCCAGACAUUGCAUUUUAGCUUCCUCAGGUGUGGAGAAGAUUAUCAAGAUAUGGAGUCCUUUUACCCUUGGAAAUGGAUGCCUUGGUGGUUUAUCUAGAACUGAUGGAAAACUGGAAAAACAACGAAAAGUCUUUACUCAUGAUGAAUAUAUCAGAUUAGUAUUAAGAAAUGGUCAGUUUAUGACUCAUGAUUACAGCCAUCAGUCAACCCAUGAAGAUCCAAGAAUGAUGGCAUUCUUCGACUCUUUGGUACAACGCGAGAUUGAAGGCUGGAGCUCAGAAGAUGCUCCAACUGGUCAACGUAGUCCUAGUGAUUCUGAAGAAUUUUCUGUAACGCCCCCAAUUCGAGAAACUGAUUCUAAUGAUUCAGACUGUUCUGUAGAUACGCAUAUGGUACGUACUUUUCUAGGAGCAAAAUAUAGACAUCCAUCUAGAGGAGGUGUGGUACCAGAAAGACCUUUUGAAUCUCCAAACAGAAUAACUCGAUUAAUUGGCAGUUGUAGAGAAAAGUUAAUGAAACUAGCUGCGUUAGAGGGAGGAGCCAUUGUUAAUCGUCCAACAACAUCAACAACACAUGAAGACUCAGAUUCGCACGAUCAAAAGAGCUCUGAAGAAGAAGUUACAGUUUCUAGUAUAUGUAGAUUGAAAUACAAAGCAAAAAUGAAAAUUAUGAAGACCAGAUAUCCUGGUAUGAGAAAUAAAUUACGAAGAAAGUGUACAAUUUUAAAAAUUCCCAGUGAUUCUGAAAGUGAUAUGGAAUGUGAUUCACGUAGUAGAAAUAAUUCUAAGGAUUCAAGAAAUGAUAUUUCAACUGUUGAUACAGCACAGCCAAGUACUAGCACAGGAGUAAGCUCACGUGGUUCUAGAUACUCUCCAAGAGCUAUCGCAACAGAUAGUGAUCUGGGAGAAUCUAAUCACAGCAGUAUAAGUAGUGAUGAAGAAAACGAUCAUCCAGCUAAACGAAGACGGCUUAAAACUGAAGAAAGAUCCCGCGGAUACCGGAAUAGACCUGAAAGAUGCAAAUCAGGCAAUAAAACAGGUCGCGAAAAACAUCACAACAACAGUAGUAGUAGCAGUAGUAGUAAUAAUAGUAAUAGUCCGGAAUUUGCUAAUGGCUCGAGCUUGGAAAAUAGUAACAAUGUAAGUAAUAAAGCAGUUUUAACGCCAAUUAAAAAAAAUGCCAAAGCUCCACCAACUCCAGAUAGUGGAGUUACUUCCAAUGUUUCAACGAUAGAAAAGUGUGACACAGCUGCAGAAGCUGCGUGUAAUGGGGCUGAAAGCUCUGACCAUGAAAGAACUCUUAAAACCAUUGAAUGUUUUAAGAAAAAAGUGGAUGCCGCACGCAAAGGUUAUCGUAAACGAUCUGCACCUUAAUUCAUUUGAAUUAUGAAUCCUUCCGAAUUAUUAGUAUGAUUAAAUAAGUCAAAAAAAGUAAAAAGUUAACUUCAUAAUUAUGGGUAAUUGAUAAAAUUUUUGAUUAUGAUUAGUAAAAGAAUAGGAGUAAAUAAAAAAUUUAUUAUUCUUUUAUACUUAAUCCGUCUUUGUUUAGACUAAAAAAAUGAUUUUAGUGUCAAUUAUGAAUUGAUAAUGAUUUUUAACAGGAUUGUUUACUUGAAAAAAAGAAAAAAUACGUUUUGAAUUAUAAAUUAAAAAGUAUUUCAAGAUUUUGUUGAUAAAAAAGCAUGAAACAGGAAACAUUCAGGAAAAUUUUUGGCUUGUUUAAUCAAGCUAACCAAUCGUAAAAAUAAAGAGUAAUCUAAAAUUAUUUAUCAAUCUUCCUUUUUGUGCAUAUAAAAGGGAACUAAAGGACAUUCUGAAUG